AUGGAUCAACUAUACUCUUCCUGUAUCAAGAGACUAGCACCCGAGACUUUGAGGAAUUGGAUAGCCGAAGAGAGAGAUGAUAUUGCUGUUAUAGAUGUCCGUGAUUCUGACUACAAAUAUGGCAAAAUACCCAUCUCAAUACAUAUCCCUUCCAAAGGUUUCGGAGAAGAUUCAAUUCAAAAUCAAUUAUUAUCAAAAUAUCCACUUGGUGAUACCUCAGUUUAUAUUUUCCAUUGUAUGAGAUCUCAACAAAGAGGACCUUCAAGUGCAAGAAAAUUUCUAAGGUAUUUAUUAUUGAAAACUGAAUGUAAAGAUGAUUUACAUAAAUUACCAAAAGUUUAUAUCCUUGAUGGUGGAUUGAAGAAAUGGAAUCAAGUUUAUGGAGCAGAUCCUGAAUUGAUGGUGGGAAUUGAGUAA